AUGAAGCGAUUAAUUUUUAUUAUCAUCCCUGCCAUCGUGACACUCGGACACUCAUACCGGCCGCCCAUUAUCCAAGGGACGGAAGCAAAUCUGCACGAGUUUCCCUACCAGGUGUCAUUGCAGUGGAACUUUAACAAUGGAUCCCGCCCAAUGCAUCUCUGCUCCGGCUCCAUCAUCAACCGCGAAUGGAUUCUAACGGCGGCGCAUUGCGGUGAGGAAGUGUCCGGAGGCGGUUGGUUCGAAAUUGUUGCCGGCGUGAACAACAUUGUCGAUGAAGAGUCCGGCGCACAGCGACGUAAUGUGUCGCGUUUCGUCAAACAUCCGGCAUUCAAUUUAAACACCAUCAAAAACGACAUCGCCGUGAUGCUUCUAUCGGGCCCUUUGCACCUGAACCGCCACAUUACAACAAUGCGUUUGGCAACGGAUAGCACCACAUUGAAUCCCCACACGCACGCAAAGUUUGCUGGUUGGGGUUCGAUCUCCAGGACAAUGGAAAACAUUUUCCCCGAUGAGCUAAUGAAAGUAACGCUGGCCCUGCGUACACUGGAAGAGUGCAGCGCGAUGGGGAACGUCGAUGAGACGCAAAUUUGUGCCGGAGGGUAUCGGAAUGUUACCGGCUGCACGGCGGACUCGGGCGGACCGCUGACGGUAAACAUUGGCGGCGAGCAGGUUCAAAUAGGAGUACUUUCUUUCGGCGAAAAGCCAUGCCUGGCAAGGGAACCGGUCGUGUUCACGAGCGUUCCGUACUUCCACGAAUGGAUUCAAACUGCGAUCGAAGACGAAUGAACAGGGAACCGUGGAAGGAAGAUCAUCUACGAAUAAAGCAUUUUU